AAAAAAAACGCACACACACAGUGACGCAGUAGACUAGCGCAAUCGGUUUAUGAAACACUCAUUUUAACUACCACGGUUUUUGUUGUAAUGUUUCAUCUUCAUCUUGACAACACCACAAAUUGAAAUCAAAACCACUCUCUCCCUUUCACUCUGACUUCUCUUUCAAAAGUCCCAUCUUGAAAGCAAAGAACACAUCUUUGUCCACAUCUUCACCACAUUUAUUUCUCUUUUCGAUUCAUUCCAAAGAAACCCAUUCAAGCAUUGUCCCUGUCUUUCCCUAUUUCCCUUCACUUCAAGUCUGUCUGUUGUUUAAGGUUGUUGAUUUUUGUGCUUAACGUUUAUGGUACUCUCGGGAUAAAUUUUCUCUUUUGGGUUUUUGUCUUUUGGUGGGUCAUGUUCAUAAUCGCAUGAUUUACAGAUGAAUUAAGCUCACUGUGUUAAAAAUUACGAAAGUGGAAAAAUGGCGGGUGAUAUUCAAGAACCGUUCAGGCUUAGUUUUCAGGGUGAUUUUUUACACUCUGGUUCCAUCUCAUUUGGAAGAUUUGAAACUGAAGCUCUAUGUUGGGAAAGGAGGUCAUCCUUCUCCCACAACCGUUACCUUGAGGAAGUUGAAAGAUGCUCAAAACCAGGUUCAGUUACUGCAAAGAAAGCAUAUUUCGAGGCACAUUUUAAGAGGAAGGCACUUUUGAGCCAAAAUUCGCUGGAUUCCCAGAGCAGAAUUGACUCUCCAACCAGAGAAAAUGAGAACUUGCAGGACACAUCCGAAGUGGCCAUUAAGCAUGCUAAUCAGGAUAGUCCAGGCUAUGAAGAGAACUUUGCUCAGUCAAUCUCUGAUCAGUCUGAAGUGACUGAAUAUGGAUUGCAUUAUUCAGAAUGCAUUGAGCCAGAGAUUGGAGAUACGUAUGACAGCUGUAGCAAUGAAGAGAUCAUUGUUAAUGACAAUGUAAGCGAAGACGAACCAUCUGAAGCUAGGAGAGGUGAUUCAUCUCAGGGCAAUUUUGAAACGGAAUAUUCAGCAACACAGAACCUUGAUACUUACAGUGAAGCUUCAACUUCCGAUUCGUCACUGAAACCUAGCAAUUGGGUGCCUGUUACUGCUUCAACUGAUAUGGGAGAUUGCUUGAAUGAUGGACCUGUUUCUUCUCCCAAGUUGAAGAUUAGGUCGCAUAUGAAACUCGAGAACUCCAAGUCUGAGACACCUCAGCCUAGCAUUGUUAAGGGAAAGAAAAGCAUAUCAAGUGAACCUUCCUUUACAGCAAAAACCGCGAAUAGGCAGAUUCAUACAUCAUCAAGAUCUAGAAAGGAAAAGCCGGUACCUGUUUCUUCAACUUCAACUUCGCAAUCUAUACCCAAAUCAAUGAAAAUUGUGGCUUCUAAAAGUUCCAAGACAAAGGUUAAUGAAAGCAGAAGCUCUGGCCUUGCGAAAGAAUCUACAUCCAGAAUAACUGCCAAUUCUAGGCCAUCUACUUCAGAAAAGGUUGCAUCAAGACUACAACAAAAUGCGAACAGGGACAUGCGGGCUGGGAAUUCAGCAAAGCCAAGAUUGAAACAAAAUGGAUCAGCCAUCAGUUUCAGAAGUGACGAACGUGCUGAGAGGAGAAAGGAGUUUAACACCAAGUUGGAGGAGAAAAUGCUUGCCAAAGAGACAGAGGCACAACAAGUAAAAGCUAAAAAGCAGGAAAAGACAGAAGCAGAGAUUAAGCAGUUUCGGAAGAGCCUAAACUUUAAAGCAACACCAAUGCCUUCAUUUUAUACCGAAGCUGGACAUUCGUUAGAUAAAAGCAAGGCUGUAGCUAGUAAAGGUAAAACAGCCAAAGUUCAAAGCAAGCCAUCAAGGUCAUCUAUCACAGGAUCUUCUGAAAGACCUUUAUCUUCUCAGUCUGUGGGAAGUCACGGAGCACGUUUUCCUACAGUAUCUGCAAACACAAAAUCACUACAAAUAUCUGGGGAAACCAGCCAUCCAUCAGCAGACAGUAGUAAAAGCCAUGCAAAUAUUUUAGUACUUAGAGAUGCAGACAGUAAUAGCCAUCAAACCCAAGCUGCACUUCAUAAGGCACUGGCUGGGAAGAAAAAACACGAUGAAGUCAAGGAUUCAGUGUUGCAAAAUGAUAGAGUGCAAGAAAGUGCUGAAUUGAACAAGGGCAAGAAAAUUGAAAGGAACACCAAAGUUGGAGCUGAAAGAAAAAGGGGUGUGAUGAGGAAGGACAUUAAGGGCAUUGGCCUGCGCCACAGUUCAAGAAUGGCUAAUGUAGCUGUUGGCGUUGCCUCUUGA